AUCAAGGUUGGAGUCGGAGUUCAAGUCCUCGGCAGAAUUUGUCGAGUCUCUCUGUGUGGUCCAGAAAUUCCAUGAGGAUAUGCUCUUUUUUCUAUCUCCGGGAAUGUGGUCAUCCACUUCAUCAUCAUUAUUGUUAUCGUCAUCUGGAGAAUCAUCUUCAUCAUCUGGAACAUUUUCUUCUCCAAUGGCGUCUUCAUGGUUAUCAAAGUACUGUUGGCUGUUGUCGUUCUUUUUCCAGUUCAUCCAAUUUCCAGAUGUUAGCUGUGCUGAGAGAGCUUUCAUGGUACUUAUAUCCGGGGAUUUACUCCUCUCACCGUCUGGGGAACUGGUUGGGGGAUUCGGGCUUAGAGGGACGGCCAGCGAACUAUCGGUCGCUUUGCUGGUGUUCCACAGUUUCAACCAGCUGGAACUCAUAGUAUAGAAUGAUGGAGAUCCGUGUAUGAAUGUCUAGCAAAAGAUGUGGUGGUUAUUAGUCCUAGCAGAUUACAAUUGACACUUGCUCAAAAGCGGGUGCGAAAGCCCUUUUAAUUCAUAUGAUAUAUUUGUGAGGUGAAACUGGCACUAUUAUUUUGUAGGGCCCAGUCGGUUUUUUGUAGUAGAUCGUGCUGUUGUACUAGGAGCUGUGACUUGUCGGUGCAGUGUCCACCUGUUGUUUUGGGCGCCUGGAAGCUGGGUGGUACCAAUUCAAUGGCUAACUACCUUUUAACCCAUGUAAUCUGUACAAAUGUAGAUGGGAUGUAGCUGAUCUCAGCUCAUACUUAGUUCUGAGUUGAAAGACCUUAACAACUACACUAAUAUUUUAGUCCAUAUAUUAACAAUUUCCCUCCUACGCUUUUGCUGUGCUCCCGCACAACUGUUAUUUCUCAAUGGCGAAGAGGAGAGGAACAGAGGUAUCAACUAAGUUUUUAAGCAUCAACCCCCAAUAUGAAGAAGAAGUGUUGGAAGUCUACGCCAUUCUUACAGAGGAAGUAGAAGACUUGCAAUUGAAACAACUCCGAACAGUGUUCAAACGCCUUCAAAUUCCCAAAUGUUUCACCGCCGAUAUCCUUCAAAGCAUAGACCACUUCUAUGAAAGCAAUGGAACUCUCAUCAAGCACCGCACCCCCAAGUCCGAUAUCGUGCUUCAUAUGGUCACCACCUUUACGAUCUCAUCACGGUUGGUAAAUGACUCAGAUAUCAUAGACAUUGUGGAUGUAGAUAAGCUCAUAUCUUACACCAGCAAGUUAUUAUAUUACAGAGAUAACUACACCCACAUCAAGAACACGUGGCGUUUAUUUGUGGAGACAGUCCUUGGGUCUGCCCCAAGUGUGUCUGAGCUCCUCGAGUUCAAGUUGAAUUUGGUGGAUUUAAAGAAGAUCAAGUCGGUUUUGGGACUAGACGGAUCAGGCAAAGACACGUUAAGCGACGUGUUACUUAUUGAUAUGCUCAGCUGCUGUUCUUCCGAUGAGUCGGGUACUAUCUACAACUUCGACUUCUCUAGAGCCACUCAUGGCUUGUUCAUUAACAUUAAAGAUUUUGCAUGUAUUUUAGGUAAUUUGGGAGAAUACGAUUAAUGAAAAAUCUUGCGCGUAUAAAUAUUCACACUGCAAUGGUAUAUAUUGAUCCUCAACAACUUAAAGCCCUAGACAACCAAAUCCUUGAGUCUUCCAUUCCAGUGGUGUCCGAAAUACAUCUUCGAGGCGAUGUAAAUUUUUGUAGCAUCAGGCAAUUGGAUUUGGUGGUAGCCCAUUUAUUUCAACGACUUACCCUAAUGCCUCUGGUUAGAUCCACACUUGUUCCCAAUGCCAAUAUCAUCCGCUUCUUGCUCACUGCCGCCUCGCGAGUGCCAGCCAUAAACUAUGCGGCUUCAAAUGACCUGGACUAUGUAUCACAAAUGGAAUCAGAAAAGGAGAUUCCACGGAACUACACCAACCUUACUCCUUUAAAUACCAAAGCGGCACUAUUAUUACAGGUAUACAUCGGGCUUCUCAAUACCUCAAUCAGUGAUCUGGAAAGGGAAGAUAUAUACCACGAGUUUAACUUUGUAUUUUCGGAGUUCAUUGUGGCCCCAUUGCAUCAGAGGCCGUUUCAGGAACGAAAUGCUAGCAAGCAGGCCAAAAAGGAUAUUAGCAAUCUUUAUUCUGUCACCCUGCUUCCAACCAACUCUCCAAAGAGCCGAAAUAGACAGCAGAAAGAGGAUAGUGCUGAUGCCACCAUGUAUUCUCCUUCGGCCCACUCGGUGGUUGAAGAUUCUGAAGAUGGGUUCUCACCUAUCUCUCGGCCUCGCGUACUAGAAGAAGAGAUUGAUGUUUUCGAGAAAUUUGCACCUACAAAACCCACCUCGCAGAACAAGCGGUCUCUUUUGGACUCA